AUGACACAAAAGAUUCACCGGUGGAAUAUUACCCACCGGCUCGAGAAGCGCUCGCUGCUGAUUGCGAUCAACAGCGUAGCUGCUCUAUCCAUUUUCUUCUUCGGCUAUGACCAGGGCAUGAUGGGGGGCGUGAACAACGCCAAACACUACAUUGAGCUCAUGGGCUUUGGGCAUACAGAGGCCGUCAACGGGUCAAAGCACAGCCCCGUCAUUACUGACAGCUUGCUUCAGGGGGGGAUUGUGUCGGUGUAUUACCUUGGCACUUUGGUGGGAGCACUUGCUGGUGGAAUGGUUGGGGAUAGACUGGGACGCAUCAGAUCUAUCGCCCUGGGUGCUGUUUGGGGAAUCAUUGGAGCUGCAUUGCAGUGCUCUGCCCAAAAUCACGUCUGGAUGAUUUUUGGUACGGGCAUAUUGAAUGCGAUUGUGCCGGUAUGGGCCACAGAAACGGCAGAGCACAAGUCUCGCGGUCAAUUCAUUGCAAUUGAGUUCACCCUCAAUAUCUUCGGCGUUGUUGUGGCCUAUUGGCUGGAGUUAUGGUUGGUCAAGAAGGGUCGUGAUGAAGAGGCCCGCUACAUCCUGAGCAAACUCCGAGGGACUGAAAGUGAAGAGGACAUUGCACGCGCAGACGCAGAGUUCAACGAUAUCAAACAAGUUGCUGCACUCGAGGAGACAUAUAGCACCUCGUACCUGUCUAUGUUUACUGGCCGUGGGUCAGGAAAACUGCAUAUUGGACGGCGUGUCCAUUUGGUUGUUUGGCUGCAGAUCAUGCAGGAAUGGGUUGGCAUAGCUGGCGUUACUAUCUAUGCCCCUACCAUCUUCCGCAUUGCAGGCUUUGACGCCAUAAAGAGUCAGUGGAUCAGUGGUCUGAACAAUAUAUUUUACAUGUUCGCUACGUUAAUCUGCGUCUUCACUCUUGACCGCAUUGGUCGCCGCUGGACUCUCUACUGGGGCUCAGCUGGCCAGGGAAUUGCCAUGUUCCUUGCUGGCGGGUUCUCACGCAUAGGCCUAGAUGCUACCGCAGCAGGAGACGGAGCCAAGGCCGCUUCAUACGGCGCAGCGGCAGCAUCGAUGAUCUUCAUUUUCACUUCGGUGUUUGGCGCCACCUGGCUUACCGUUCCGUGGCUCUAUCCCGCGGAAAUUUUUCCACUUGCAGUCCGGGCUAGAGGCAACGCAUGGGGUGUAGUUGGCUGGAGCGUUGGUAACGGAUGGCUGACUCUACUCUGCCCUGUGAUGUUCGAUGCCAUUGGAGAGAAGACGCUUUACAUCUUUGCCAUCAGCAACGCCAUCACUAUCCCCAUGGUGUGGGCACUCUAUCCAGAAUCUAACCAGCGCACUCUGGAGGACAUGGACCUCCUCUUUGCUGCUGACACCCCCUGGACCUGGGACGCUGAGCGCACUUUUGCUGAGCUCAAGGCCCAGAAUACUUCUCCUGAGAUUAAGCAGUCUCGAGCUAACCGCUUUGGGCAGCCAGCGCAGUUUCAACGCAAAAAGAACUUCGACUUCAACCUCCGACUUUGCUUCACGAUCGUGACAUUUCUUUCCAUCUUCAUCCUCCAAAGCGCUCGCGAGCUGCCAAUUGACUGCUGUCGCUCCCUCUAUUUCCUCCUCGAAGCAGUGCUUUCUCCUUCCAAGCUUCUCUCUCCCCAAUCAUGUUCCGUACGGUCGUUCCUCGCCGUGCCUUUCAGACGGCUUGGGCUCCGUCCCAACGAACCGCCGCAACCGCUUACCCGGCCUUUGGGGCUUACAUUCUCCCCAGAUCAAGGAGAGGAUACGCUACAGAGUCAGGCUGACCGUUUGCCGUUUGUUAUUCCGGUAGAAGAGCAUGAUUUGGUCAUAAUAGGCGGCGGGGUGGCUGGCUACGUUGCUGCCAUCAAAGCCGGUCAGGAGGGCCUAAAGACUGUCUGUAUCGAGAAGCGCGGUACCCUAGGCGGAACUUGCCUUAACGUCGGCUGUAUCCCAUCAAAGUCUCUCCUCAACAACUCCCAUCUCUACCACACCAUCAUGCACGACACAAAGAAGCGCGGUAUCGAAGUUGGCGAUGUCAAGCUCAAUCUCGAGCAGAUGAUGAAGGCCAAGGAAUCCUCGGUCGAGGGUCUCACCAAGGGAAUUGAGUUCCUCUUGAAGAAGAACAAGGUUGACUACCUCAAGGGUACCGGCUCUUUCGUUGACCAGAACUCCGUCAAGGUUGAACUCAAUGAGGGUGGUGAGCGUGUUGUCAAGGGCAAGAACAUCAUCAUUGCUACUGGCAGUGAAGCCACCCCAUUCCCCGGAUUGACCAUUGACGAGCAGAAGAUCAUCACCAGCACUGGUGCUCUUUCAUUGAAGGAAGUUCCAAAGAAGAUGGUUGUCAUUGGAGGUGGAAUUAUUGGUUUGGAGAUGGCCUCCGUCUGGUCUAGACUUGGCUCUGAAGUCACCGUCGUCGAAUUCCUCGGUCAGAUCGGUGGUCCCGGCAUGGACGCUGAGAUCUCCAAGCAGGCCCAGAAGCUCCUUGGAAAGCAGGGCAUCAAGUUCAUGACCGGCACCAAGGUUGUCAGUGGUGACGACAGCGGUAGUACCGUUACUUUGAACGUUGAGGCUGCCAAGGGUGGAAAGGAGAAGACACUGGAAGCUGACGUCGUUCUCGUUGCCAUUGGUCGACGACCAUACACCGCUGGUCUCGGACUCGAAAACAUCGGCAUUGACAUUGAUGAUAAGGGCAGACUCGUCAUCGACCAGGAAUACCGAACCAAGUCCGAGCACAUCCGUGUCAUUGGUGACUGCACUUUCGGCCCCAUGCUCGCUCACAAGGCUGAGGAGGAAGCCGUUGCUGCCGUUGAAUACAUCACCAAGGGCCAUGGCCACGUCAACUACGCCGCAAUCCCAAGUGUCAUGUACACCUACCCCGAAGUCGCCUGGGUUGGCCAGAACGAGGCCGAGGUCAAGGCCUCUGGUGUUGAAUACCGCGUCGGAUCUUUCCCGUUCAGCGCCAACUCCCGUGCUAAGACCAACCUCGACAGCGAAGGUCAGGUCAAGUUCAUUGCUGAUGCAAAGACUGACCGCAUUCUUGGUGUCCACAUCAUCGGCCCCAACGCCGGUGAGAUGAUUGCUGAGGCCACCCUUGCCAUCGAGUACGGUGCUAGCUCGGAGGACGUUGCCCGAACCUGCCACGCUCACCCAACUCUCGCCGAAGCCUUCAAAGAAGCUGCUACGGCCACCUACUCCAAGGCCAUCCACUUCUAA